AGCCCCUCUUGAUGUUUUGAUGACGCUAUGAUCGGAGACUUGUAGCACCCAACCCUCACUGGUCAUACCUUAUCGUUUUGGCCUGAAUGGACGCCCUCAGUAUCCUUCAGGCUCUUCUGUCGACACUCUUCCGCCUCGCGGCCUUCGUUUUAUUACGAAUUAUUCCAUCGCCGCUUGCAUUGCGAGCGUUGGUAGCGUUGGGGCUGGCCUACCUAUCCAUCCUCUGCAUCGGUGCUAGACAUACUCCCACCGAGGAUAUUAUACCACUUGGUUCGCUGGUGCUCUCUCUUCCCACGAACUCUGCUGCUCUUCGCCGGGCCAAUAUUCUCAUCAACGUUGCGCUUGCUCUUAUGGUGGUCGAAUUUGUUGGCACACCAUAUCUGGACCCAGCCUUUGACGUCACCUUUUCACGUAUCGGUGCGGUUACCUCUGAUAGUGUCAAGGUCACAGUGCGGUCGCCGAGCACCAACGACACUGGGCUUGUACUUUGGCGAGAAAAGAUGGAGUCAGAGCCAUUCAACUCGUGGAGGAACGGCCCUGGCCUCGUGUUUACCUCAGAGGCGGAUUGGGUCACUACGGUCAGGCUUUCCGGUCUUUGGCCAAAUACUAGCUACGAGUAUGCCGUCGCCGACGAGAAUCGGACCAUCACCUCAGGACCGUUUGUGUUCCGCACUUUCCCCGACUCUCGACUGACGACUGGGUCUCACUUCCGUUUCGUCGCAUCUUCAUGCCUGACUCCCAACUUCCCUUAUGUGCCGUUCCAUGGACGGUCCAUCAAAGGCUUCGAUCUCCUCGCUCAGUAUUUAUACCCGGUUGUGCAGCCAGAGGAUCCACUGCCGCCUGCUGAAUUUAUGCUUCUUUUGGGCGACUUCGUAUACAGUGACAUUCCGACCUAUGUCGGGGAUAACAAAGAAGCAUAUCGCAGACUGUACCGGAGGAACUACCAAAGCCACAGUUUCAAAGCAAUCUACGAACGAUUACCUAUCUUGCACACUUAUGACGACCACGAAAUCAAAAACAACUUUAUCGGACAAGCCAACGAGACUGUUGAAGCGCAAGACCCUUUUAUCAAUGCGUCUGAUGCGUACACUCUGUACAAUUCUGCUGCCAACUACGAUCCAGCACAGGCGGGCCAGCACUACUACAGCUUCCGGUAUGCAGAUGCCGCCUUUUUUGUUCUGGACACCCGGCGCUACCGUGUUUUGGCCGCGGGCGAAGAUGAGACAGCAGGGACCAUGCUCGGGGAAACACAGCUUGCGGCGCUGCACAGCUGGCUUUCCCAUGCCAACGGAACGGCCUCGUUCAAGUUCAUCGUCAGCUCGGUGCCGUUUACGUCUCUUUGGGGCUUGGAUGGACAAAUCGACACUUGGGCCGGAUUUCCUCAGGAAAAGGCCUCGCUUCUGGCUGCACUGCACACAGUCCCGAAUGUGAUCAUCAUUUCUGGUGACAGGCACGAGUUUGCGUCGAUCGAGUUCAAUGGCGAGGAAGACUCCAUGCACACAGUCCGAGAGUAUUCGACCAGCCCAUUGAGCAUGUUUGAUGUCCCGUUCGUCCGUACUCUGGGCAUGCAAAGCCAGGAGACUUACCCCCGAGUGGUUACCUCUGAGGAUGGCAAUUCUACGAUUGAAGAGGUGCCCAAGGAGCGAGUUGUCAAGUAUCUGGCGCGAGGAAACCACAAAUGGUCUUCGUUCGAAUUGGAUUCGCGGGAUUUGGCGAAGCCCACAUUGCGAAUUGAACUGGUCAUUGACGGGAAGAUUCGAUAUAGGGAGGAACUCGUUGGCAGCCCAGUGAAACUGCAGUCGUCGAAUGCCCUGGGCGCGUUUGUGACCACGGGAAUCAAAGAUGUAUUCAACCGAAUUGGCAUCAACCCGAGUAGAUGGUUUUGAUACUCUGACCUACAUACUAACAUCCUGCGAGAAACGCUGUUGUACUUGUGCAUAAUGCUCCAUUUCGG